AGACGUCCUCGGCAGAGACCGCGCGGACGAGCGGACGGAGCGCCUCGCUGCCCCGCAGGAACAUUCGUUCUUCAGGAGCGGGAGUGGAGUGACGUGCACACCAGUUUGCUGAGCCGCUUAGCGCAGUGCAAUGGCUGAGCGUGUAUGAAUGGCCAUCUCUUGGGUCGCUUGGACAGUUAGUUGUAUUUCCGAAGGUUCUCGGCCCUGGUUCUAAGAUGAUGGGAUUGGGGAAUGGGCGUCGCAGCAUGAAGUCUCCGCCCCUUAUCCUGGCUGCCCUGGUGGCCUGUGUUAUUGUGCUAGGCUUCAACUACUGGAUUGCUAGCUCGAGAAGCGUGGAACUCCAGACGCGCAUUGUAGAGCUGGAAGGCCGGGUCCGCAGGGCGGCUGCAGAGAGAGGUGCUGUAGAGCUCAAGAAGAAUGAGUUCCAGGGCGAGCUGCAGAAGCAGAGAGAGCAACUUGACAGGAUCCAGUCUAGCCACAGCUUCCAGCUGGAGAAUGUCAACAAGCUACACCAGGAUGAGAAGGCGGUUUUAGUGAAUAACAUCACCACAGGCGAGAAGCUCAUUCGAGACCUGCAAGACCAGUUGAAGGCACUGCAGAGGAGUUACAGCAGCCUGCAGCAGGAUAUCUUCCAAUUCCAGAAGAACCAGACCAGCCUGGAGAAGAAGUUCUCCUAUGACCUGAACCAGUGUAUCAGCCAGAUGACCGAGGUGAAGGAACAGUGUGACGAGCGGAUAGAGGAGGUCAUCAGAAAGCGAAACGAAGCACCGGGUUCCAGAGACCUGGCUGAAACCAACAACCAACAUCAGCAGGCCCUCAAGCCUCAGCCCAAGCUUCAGGAAGAAGUCCCAUCAGAGGAACAGAUGCCACAAGAGAAAGGGGAUGUGCCCAGAAACAAGUCCCAGAUUCCAGCCCCCAAUUCAGAGAGCUUGGGUUUGAAGCCACAGGUGCAGAAUGAGGAAACCAAUGAGAUUCAGGCUGUCGGUGAGGAGCACCAACAGGCAUCCAUCCAAGGGCAGGCGGUGGCGGAUGGCACUCGGGUAGGAGCUGAGAAACUCGAUCAGCACACACAGCUACCAGCUGGCCUGUUGGCCAGGCCUGAGGAGGACUCUCAGUACCCUGAGCGGGAGCAGCUUGUCAUCCGGGAUAGGCAGGAGCAGCAGCGUGCAUCAGAGGAAGGGGGAGGCCAGAAGAACCCAGGAGAUGAAUACGACAUGGAUGAAAACGAAGCAGAAUCUGAGAGGGAGAAGCAGGCAGCCCUUGCAGGGAAUGACAGAAAUAUAAAUGUUCUUAAUGCUGACGCUCAGAAGAGAGGCAUAAUAAAUGUGCCCGUCGGGAGUGAAAGGCAGAGCCACAUUCUAAAUCAAGUAGGCAUUCAUAUUCCUCAACAAGCCUGAAGAGAUCCUACGGGGGUUCACUGUGACUCAACUGUGAAAUGGACAGCGAAAUGAACGUCGGCCCAUUAUUGUGGGGUUUAAUCAGUACAUUUUGCAAAGAAAAAAAAAUGGGACCAUCUCAGACAGUUUGGGGGUACUUUUAAAGUGUCUACAAGAGAUGUCAAAAUUGAUCAAGCUUUGAUUAACAGGUAUUUCUUAAGCAGGUCAACACCAAAAAGAGAAAUGAGGCUGUCCUGUCUAGGCAGCAGCACCUCCUCACCCUGCAGUGUAAGACAGAGUAGACUGAGGGCAGCUGCUGGCCACAGCGGCUCCCUCCUUGUGCUGCCGCUUGCCAGUUUCUGUCCACAGAUAUUAAGUAGCUCAUCACUCCUGCACACACUUGAUUCCACCAUCAAUGGCCUAGAGCUCUUACCGUCAGCAUAAACACCACUAGUCAGUUCUAUACAAAAGCUGUUCUGUGCAAAAACUGCAUUAAUUAAAAGACAGCCACCAUAUCUGGCUUACUUCAGGAUUCGGAAGGCUGAGGCAGGAGAUUGCUGCAAGUUCUGAGCCAGCCUAAAGCAACAUAGUGAGUGCCAAGCUAAGAUGAGCAAGAAUGAAAGCCCCUGUCUCAAAUAUCAGUGAGAGUUGUUACUUUAAAAAAGACUGGUUUAAAUAACCUUCAUUAUUCUUUUGAUGUACAGAACACUAUGAAGUUACUGACAAUGCGAGCACCUAUGGUCUGUGUUUGUUUGAUUGGGCAGAGUUUCUAGUAAGUCACUCAUCUCACUAAGAAAGGCAGUGCCUGCACUGCGCUCUGGACAAAGGCUGCAUGGGCAGAGGUGUCCAAGAGGAAGGGUUGGCUGCUGGAGGAUACUCAGGUUUCAAGCUGGAUUCCUACGAAGGCAAGAGCAACACGAGCUGUUUUUCCCAAGUUUAUAUACUGUUUGAAAAACACACAAGGUGAAUGUUAGUUUUGAAAGAUUUGUAGUUCAUUGAUGGUAAUGCAUCGUAAGUCUUGAUUCCGAUCAGCAGCUUCUGAUUGCAGACUGACUGCAGUCACACUGACGACUCGUUCCAGAAACGAUCUCUCUGAAGAGUGGCUGAUCUGACUCUGAAGUGCUGGCUAAAUAGGAAGCAGCAGCACUAGAGGCACAGGGGCUGAAGAUCCCUGCAGUGAAGUGGAUGCCGGGUGGUCCAGCUGUCUGUGCCUCUUUAAAGCACACAUUUAAACCCCUAUGGCAGACGUGGGUUGUUUCUCACUGCAGAACUACCCAGUUCUACCCCAUGUUUAGAUGAGUACUGUUUAAUGUCACAAGCCAUUUUCCUUUACACUUUAACUUGCCAGAGCCUCAGAUGGACUGUUCUUACACCUUUUCUGCUCCUAGGUCCCAAACUCAAGGGGACUUUGUAUUUCUAGUGCUUGUUUUCUACCUUAAUCUGGUUUGGGUUUAAAGUGUAGAUAUUGCUGACAGGCUGUGCUGAUUUCCUUUUUAACAAGUACAAUAGGUAAGGGCCACAUUCUACCCUUUGGGUUCUAAGAUUCCAGGGUACCAAUAGCCAUGCAUGACAGCUGAGCCAUACCACCUCCGUACUGACCAGGAAGUAACCAACAUCCUGUCUUCGCUAGCAUCUUGAUCAAGUCCAGUCAGGCAUGCUUCAGUGUUUCUAGGAAAUGGAAGGUGCCACAGGGUUGGGCUGGCAUAGCUCCGUGAGAACUUCUACCUAGCCAGUAUGUGUGAGUCCCUGGGUCGCAUCCUCAGCACCAACGAACACUGUCACAUUAGAGUUAGGCCACUGAAAUCUUAGAGUCAUUUUUGCUGUAAGCCAAAUGAACUAGCAAUAGUCAGGCCAAACCACAAAGCCAGAUUGAAUUUCAGGGUGGCUCACUCUGCUAAAAGCACUGCCCCUUCAGAGUACAAAUGGGAAACCCCACGGGCUUAGACAGUUGUCACAGCACACCAGUGACAAGACCAGCAGAGGAAUGAGCAGCAAAUCAAGGAUGGGGUCUCUUGCUGGUGGCCAAGAACAAAACCUACACCUCAGGGCACUUGGGACUUCAGCUGGAACAAAGGGAUGCACCACUUUCCAACAAGACCUGAAACUCAGCGGCCUACAAACUCCUACCUGAUACCAGCAGCAGACACUGCAGUGUGAUGUGGUUUUCCUUCAACUGCAUGACUAAAGACCCUUAGAAAUCUGUGUCACAACACAGUCACAAUCCUCAUGUACUUUAGCGAUCCUCUUACCUCAAAAUCAAUUUGUAAUUUGACCAGAAUCUUAAAUCCUUAAUAAAUCUUGUGUUUUGAAACUUCAA